CAGAGGAGGAGGAGGAGGAGAAAGAGUUGGAGGAGACAGAUGAGACAGAUGAGGGAUAUCAUAUGUAUCAGGCAGAAUUAUAUGAAAAGCCUAACUCAGUGGACAUCAACUCAGAAGAGUUUGCCAGCAUGCCGCUUGAAAUGAAACAUGAGAUACUCAAAGAAAUGAAAGAGUUUUCCAAAAGGCGUCGGACCAUGUACCAGAAACCCCCAGAGCGCUCAGGAGACUUCUCACAGUACCAGCUGGCCGGCCUGCUGCAGAGGAACCAUCUGAACCAGCGUCUGCGGGGCGUGGAGAGUGAGAUGUGCCAGCUGAGCGCCGGCAGCGCUCCACAGCUCGUCCAACAGGACGGGGACCAGCAGAGUCACAGCGUGGAGUCACGCCGCCUGGUUUCAGAGGACAAUUCCCACUACAUACUUAUUAAAGGCUCCAAAAAGAUAGAACCCGCCCCUGAGAGCCGCCCUGCAGCUGCAGCCUGGGCCGGCAGCAUCCUGACGGGCUCUAAGAGACGAGCGGUGGACAGACCGGAGCCCCUGUGGCGCCCUGCAGCAGAGGAGGGGCCAGAGGGGUGGGGUCACGCCUCAGAAGACUCCAAACCCUCUGUGUCCAAACCCUUUGUCUCCAAACCCUCUGUCUCCAAACCUUCUUUUGGAAACACAUCCCCCCCCUCACCUCGUACACUCAAGGCGAUCCAAGGUGCAAUGGAUGACAGCUCAGACGAGGACAAGGUGGACCAAGAUAGGAAGGAAGGGGGUGUGUCCCCCCGGACCCUGCUCGCAAUCCAACAAGCCCUCGCUGAGGAGGAAGGUGGCUUUGCUCGACACGGGACUUUCAUCAACAGCACGGCCACCAAACUGCAGUUUAGCGUUCCUCCUCCUGCGCCUCACGUGGUCAUCAGCAGCUCAGAGGAAGAACCAGACACUUUGCCAAAAGGAAAAUCAGAUUUGAAGGGAAACCCAACAGGCCAAAGUGUACAUGUGAAAGACCUUUUGCUUGAUAGUAGUUCUGAAGAUGAGACCGAGGCUGUAAUUGGGGAAAGAAAUAAGGCUGUUCACUUUGCACCACUGCAACAACCUCACAAAACAGGGCUGAGCUCGGAAGUGGAGACGCAGAAAGGAAAGUUGGCAGAGGAUAUAAAGAUUGGCAGUAGAGGACAAGAAGAACUGGAGGGAAGAGAAUCAGAGCACGGGUUGAUGUCAAAGCUAGUGGAUGCUGCUGCUUCCAGUCAAAUCACAUUAUCGAACAAUCCCUCAGCUGCACUGUGUGUGAAAGCUCUCAGUGCAGAGAGGGAGGCGGGACAUCCUGUGCUGUUAAAGCAGGAGAGCAAUACGGUGAUUGAAGCCCUUCAGGAGAGGAAUGGAGAUGAUGUGAAGUUGCAUCGCAGCGAGGAGAGCGAAUCAGAAGAAAGCUUCAUCGAGGUGUCAGAUGAAGAAUUUGAAGAGGAGGAAACAGAUGAUUCACUUGUGAUUACUGGAGACAAAGGACCUCCGGAUGAGGUCAAUAAGGCAGGGACCAAGCAAGAAGAAGAGUCCAAGAAAGGUUUGACAGAGGUUCCAGCUGCUGCUUUACAAAUAGAGGAAGAAGAAGAGAAGAAAAGAGAGAGUGAAGAGGAAGAGUUAGAGGAGGGCACAGAGACAGAAUCCAGCUCAACUCCAGCGGUCAAUGAAUGGGAACACUUUGAUGUGGAAGAGCUGCAGGCUCUGGAGAGCUCUCUGCAGGUGGAGCAGAGCAGCCUGAGGGAGCUGAAACAGCAGCAGGAGAGGAUGGCCAACACAGUCACCGGGCAGAUGCAGCUAGAGAGCCAGGAGCUGCUGCGGCUGUUUGGCGUGCCGUACCUGGUGGCUCCGAUGGAGGCCGAGGCUCAGUGUGCGGCACUGGACCGCGCUGACCACACUAACGGGACCAUCACAGACGACUCCGACGUGUGGCUGUUUGGAGGGAGACACGUCUACAGGAACUUCUUCAACCAGGACAAAUAUGUUGAACACUUCCAAUACAGUGACCUGCAGAACCAACUGGGUCUGGACAGGACUAAACUGAUAAACCUGGCCUACCUGCUGGGCAGCGACUACACAGAGGGUCUGCCGGGGGUCGGGUAUGUGACGGGCAUGGAGCUACUGAACGAGUUCACAGGGCCGGGCUUGGAGCCACUCACACAGUUAAGGGAAUGGUGGUCAGCGGCCCAGCAGAACAAGCGUCUGUCUUCUGAUCCUCGGGACACAAAGGUGAAGAAGAAAUUGAGAACCUUGAAACUCCAUCCUGGGUUUCCAAACCCUGCGGUGGCUCAGGCCUACCUGCAGCCUGCUGUGGACCAGGCUGACAGCUUCUUCAGCUGGGGGCGGCCACAACUCGACAUGAUCAAAGAAUAUCCUUUCUUUCUCUCUGUCUGUCUGUCUGUCUGUCUGUCUGUCUGUCUGUCUGUCUGUCUGUCUUAUUUAGGUCCCUAG